UCUACCUGGGACACUGGGUUAAUCGAUUGACAAUUCUAUGUCUAUGAGAAUCAAAUCAAUCAUUCCAAAGGAAUUUCCUCCCAUGAUUCACCUGAGUUAAAGUAGAAAGAAUGGGAGCCUAGGGCCAUCGCGAGCCUGUCACGGAAAGUGUGACGUCUUAAUCGGCUUCAGAACACCCCUGCUGAAAUGUCUAUGCUCCCCCAACCAGCAUCAUUACAUUGUUCACAAAAAGAAUGUACUCAACAAGAGCAAGCAUUCGAUUGCGAGCGCAUAUCGAGCGCAAACCUUUACUGCGAUGCGCCUAUGCGACGACCCCUUAUGGUGGCCCAGCACCCUACCCUUCUCGAGUAACAGAGGCUGAUGUCAACGGGGCAAGAGCAUAUUGCUCUAAACUUGUAAAGUACCUAUACCUAUACCCAUACCAAUUUUCCCUUCUUAAUUGCAACAUCCCGUAUACUGAUAAUUCAUCAGAACAUUCGACUCUCCUUCCUACACCCUUCAAUCUUUCAUCCCAGGCCACCAUUCCACCCGAGAUGCCUACCUAGCCAUCCGCGCGCUCAAUAUCGAGCUUGCUAGAAUACCCGACCUAAUUUCGAAUCCCACCGUUGGCGCAUUACGAAUGCAAUUCUGGCGCGACAACAUAACUCGCACAUUUGCCAAUACACCUCCUAAAGAGCCCGUCGCAAUACUCCUGCACAAUGCGCUCACGCUUCUCCAGUCGCGAGAUGCGUCUCUGAGUACAAACUUCAUGAAAGGGUGGUUCAUGAAGAUAAUCAAUACAAGGGAACAAUACAUGGAUAAUCGCCCAUACACGACCAUGGAUGCAUUGGAAACAUAUGCGGAAGAUACAUAUUCGACCUUGUCAUAUUUGACACUGGCCUUUGUACCCAUAAAAUCUAUGGCCGUCGAUCAUGUCGCCAGUCACAUUGGGAAAGCAACAGGUAUUGUGGCAAUCCUCAGAGGGUUGCCAUUAUUAGCAUUUCCCCCGCCACCCAACCACCACAGUAACAAUGAAGCCUUCUCCGCCGCAAUGGGAGGAAAGGGAAAGGGCCAAACGCAAGGUUCGGUGGUCUUACCUUUAGACAUCAUGGCCGAAGCAGAAGUCAAAGAAGAAGAUAUUUUCCGGCACGGCGGCGAUGCAGCAGGAUUAAAAGACGCCAUUUUCACCAUCGCAACCAGAGCCAACGAUCAUCUCAUCACCGCUCGCGAGAUGAUCAAGAAUCUCCAGCAAGGUAAAGAUGCCGGCCAUGAAUUCGAGCACGAGGGCGAAGAGGGGCACCGGUAUUCUACUCGAAGUGCUACCGAGGAGAGCCAAAUCAGAGAUUUGCACAACGGCUUCGGCGUUUUUAUGCCAGCUAUUUCCACACAAAUGUGGUUGAAUAACUUGGAAAAACACGACUUCGACGUCUUCAAUCCGGAAUUGCGGAAGGGGGAUUGGAGAUUGGUAUGGAAGGCAUAUCGGGCGUUUUCAAAUCUUUCUCUG